CUCGCCCCCCCGGCAGCAUGGGGAUGUGCUACAGCCUCCGCUCCGGGAGAGACCACCUGCCCGUCCCCGCCUAUCCCGCAGGCGGAGACGCGCCGGACCUGCAGGAACGCAGCGCCGCUGGCGGUCCGGCCGUGCGAGCCGCCAAGGAGAGCAGCAAAAUCAAAGAGAAAGCGGAUCGGAAGCGCAGCAAAAGCAUCGACAAGUCCCUGAAAGCCGAGAAGAGGGAGUACAAACAGACGCACAGGCUGCUGUUGUUGGGUGCUGGUGAAUCUGGUAAAAGCACAAUUGUCAAACAAAUGCGGAUCUUGCAUGUGAAUGGAUUUAAUGCAGAGGAGAAAAAAAUGAAAAUUCAGGAUAUUAAAAACAAUAUUAAAGAAGCUAUAGAGACAAUAGUAACAGCGAUGGGAAACCUGGCACCACCAGUUGAACUAGCUAAUGCAGAGAAUCAGUUUCGAAUUGAUUAUAUAUUAAACUUAGCAAAUCAGAUAGAUUUUGACUUCCCACCAGAGUUCUAUGAACAUACAAAAACACUUUGGCAAGAUGAAGGUGUGAAAGCAUGCUAUGAAAGAUCUAAUGAAUAUCAGUUGAUUGACUGUGCACAGUAGUAAGUACAACUUUUCUUACAAUUAAUUUUAUUGCUAUACUGGGGGCAAGGAGAACAAA